CUCUCCUCCUUGCGCAAGUUCAAAUGAGUUGUGUGUUUGUUCUCUGAGUUUUUAAAAUGAUCUGAACCUAUCAUUUUUUGGUCCUUCGAGAGCCGGAGCGGGACAGUUGCUGACUGACGCUGGAGGAGACGAACACCGAAGACUGUCUGACAGCCAGGAUCAUCAGUUGACCUGAAGAGAAGUCCUGAACCGUGAAUUCGUCUUCAGGCCGGUGAUUAGCUUCGCUCCUCCAGCGCCGUUCAUCGCUCUCCCGGAGUCCGAGGGGACGUAACACCAACUGUAACACAGGCAAAUUUAUAAGCGCUGAAAAUCUCUGACCCAGAUCUGGACUCCUGCCCUCUGAUCAGACAUCGUCUGGACCAGAAUGAUUGUCAGUAAAAACGAGACCCACCACCUCCACCUCUUCAUUGAGUCGCUACUGCACCACAACCUGCAGACAAGCAGUACAGCUCCACCUCAGAAGAGCCCUUAAUACUGCUCUCUCCUGUAUGGAGACAGACCAGAUCGGCUGCUCAGAGGAGAGACCUGAAGUGUGACAGCCGUCACACUGAACUGAGCAGCAUACGCAGGAGAUGGUUAAUGAGAAGAAGAACCACCAGAAGAAAAAAGGACAAAUAAGAUGCUGACAGAGAACAGCAACAUUGACUCUGUACUGAAUCGUUGUCACUAGGUAAAGUGUUGCCCGUGGAAGAAGACGGGGUGACUUUUCCAGGUGCGUCUAGAUGACAGAUGUUACAACUGCAGCCUGAUGGGUCAUUGGUGAAACGAAUGCCCAAGACUGGUGAAGGGAACACGGACUAACCAGACUGUGUCACAGUGAUCGGAGAGGAGGACUCCAGACAAGUCAGAUGAAGGCGAGUUGCCUGAUCAGCAGAAAAGGGAAGUGAGAUAUCACACACACACACACACACACUCAUUCAUUACUGGCGUCUAACACACAGUCUAGCACACGUGCAGCAACCUGCUCAGCAGGUUUCCUGUAACAUAUUAUUUUAAUGCAUCCAUGUACAGUUGCAUUGGAAUUGCAUAGGAAAAUGCUUAUGCUAAAUUUAAUUGUAAAUGGGAAAAUUUUUCUUUUUUGGUUGAUUCGGGAGCAACAAAUUCUACUGUCCGUGAAUAUGCAUUAUUUGUUUCAUUUAAGUUAAAGUGGACGCCACAUCUAUUCAAUGUCCACAUCUGGGAAUACAGUUAAAUAAGUUUUGCAGUUCCAAGCUCAGGAAAAAUAGUCAGGACAACUGUUCACCCAGUCUUUUAGUGCCUAAAAUGUUUUAGCUUCCAGGAGUAAAAUUAAGUCUAACUUUGUCCGAUUAUAUCUACCAGUGGAAACUAAGUCAAAAUUCAUUUUUCUAAAAAAUUUAGAUGAAAUACGCAAUUUGGUGAGUCCUAAUUCUGAUUUUAUGCCAAAGUAUGAUGUAGGCCCUAUUAGGGACUGUGAACCUUUUAUCAGACUGAAAUCUGCUUUUUGCCCUUGUUAAAAACAAUAUCCUCUUAAACCAGAGGCUGUUGCUGGCAUAACACAAGUAUUUAACUCCUUAUUGGCUACUGGAGUUAUUGUUUCAUGUCUUCUCCCGUUUCUAUUCCUUUUUUCCCUGUGGAGUUAAAAAUAGGGCUGUUCCCAGAGCCCCUAUAGUACCUAAUCCACAUGCCAUUUUUUUUUUUUUUUUUUUUUUUUGUGGCUCCUUUCACAGAUUACCUGAUGGUGUCAACCAUGUUGGCUCUGAUCCUCUGUUUCAGGGAUUCAAGCCUUUGCUACUCUGGAGGAGUGUCGUUUUUGAGCUAAGUGUACCUCCACCCUUCGUGGAUGGUUUCUUCAAAGAAAGAAAGAAAAAAAAACACUUGUCUGCCUUCCCUUGGUUUGCAAAAAUGGAGUCAUGGGUCAGACCAUGUCUCCAAAGGGGGGAUACUAAGAAUGAUACUUUGAAAAACAAACUGGCCAAAUGUUAUGAGGAGACGGGACUUUCUUGGGUUAAAGUUUUGUUAUUAGUGGAAAUGUACAUGCACAUAACACCAUCAGAAUUAGGACUUACUCCGUAUAGAAUAGAAUGGUUUUACUGUCAUUAUAUAGGAUAUACAAUGAGAUUGGAGGGUCACUCCUGUUUAGUGCCAUAUAAUACAAAGUCAAAACUUACUAAAAUGAAAAUAACAUAAUCUAAUAUAAUCAAAUAUAUAGAAAAUAAAAGGUAUAUUAAAACUAAAGAAAAUAAGAGAUGUAUAAAGUAUACACUGGUGCAUAUAUAUAUACAUUCAUAAGAAAUAUAUUCAUUGUAAUAGAAGGCAGAAGAGAGCUGUGAUUUGAGUGACUGGAUGAGGAAAUUUUUACAAAGUAAACAAGUAAUUGAUGCUAGUAAACUGCCAGAAGCAUCUUCUUUCUCUCCACAGGUGCCACUGAUACAGCCAGGAGACUGGGUGCUGGUCAAGGUCAUCAAAUGGAAGUGCUGGUCAAACCCGAGGUGGGACGGUCCAUAUCAAGUUCUACUGACCACACCAACAGCAGUGAAAAUCGCUGAAAGAUCUACGUGGAUUCAUCUGAGUCACUGCAAGAAGGUGGAGCCACUUACUUCGGAGUCUGGUUACAAAGGGGGAAAUUCCUUAUAGUGGUUUUUUCGUCUCAACCCAGUGAAGAAAACAACUGAUCCCUACUCCUUUAGAAUGGCGCCCUUCUGCAGCCUCAUAAUUAUUUUCAGCGUGAGCACACUGCUAAUUUUAGGAGGAACAUCUUCAUUAAAUUACACCCAGUACCCACAUGAAUAUGCAACCAAUGAAUGGUGGCAGUUAAUGAACGUCACAGCUCAUGUUAAUAAUUGGACAAAUUGUUAUGUGUGUGCACAUAUGCCAGUGGCAGGACACAAUACUGGACUGAGGCCUUACAAUGUUAGCUGGGAGCACUCAUGGUGUCUCUAUGGGUUGGCUACACAUCCAGGGAGAAGAGCUAAGAAAGAAGAAAGAGCUUUAUUUGUCACAUACAUUUACAUGCAGUGAAAUUCAUUCUCUGCAUUUAACCCAUCACACACAUAGAGUAUGUAGUACACACAGCAUGGAGCAGGGGGCAGCCAAAGGGCGCCCGGGGAGUGAAGCAAAUUUUACCUCAAUUCUUAACGUAAAGGGGAUAAGUUCUCCUAUUAAUAGAAACUGUUCUAUGUUAACAGAUUUGCUCACUUGGCCCCAGUUAGCUAACCCCCUUCUUGAGGUGCUAAUGUUGAAUCAUUUGCCAGAGAAAGCUUUUCCAGCAUGUGUUAUAGCAAAUGGAACCAUCAAGGUGGGUAGAUUACCAGCCACUCUCUGUAAUGCUACCUAUUCGUACUGUCCACCAACAGAUGAGAGACAAUGCCUGACCUGCCUAAAAAAUAUUGCUUGUUAUAAUAAUCUAACUGUACGGAGGAAGGAAUGUCAGUCUGACCUGGCCUACAGAAUACAGAUGGACACUGGAGAGCUGAGUCAGUGCUCACGAGUAGCACCAGGACCCAAGGGAACAAGAGUGUUAGCGGAUUGGUAUUUCAUCUGUGGUCACAAAGCAUACGUGUCCCUUCCCCCAGAUUGGGGAGGCUUGUGUAGUGUUGCAUAUGUGUCAGAUCAUGUCUUUUUCAUGCAGUACCAGGCCAGUCAUCCACAUCACAAGACGAAGCGACAGGUUGGAGAGUGGCUCACGAGCCAUUCAGAAGUCCCAGAGGAGCUCCGGAUUUGGGGAGUCGGAGCGAAGAUUGCCCAGUCUAUCUUUCCAAGAAUUGGACUGGGAUUUGUGCGUGACCAAGUGGAAAUAAAUCGCUAUGUAAUAUUACGUCUGGUAAAUACAACCAUAGCUCUAGGACAAGGAACUUUAAAAGAGUUAAGUUCACUCAGAGCAAUGGUGAUGCAAAAUAGGAUAGUAUUAGAUCUUUUGACAGCGUCCCAGGGUGGCGUGUGUAAGAUUAUUGGUAAGACAUGUUGUACUUACAUCCCAGAUGAAGAUGAUGCUGGUGGAGCCAUAAGGGAGGCACUCGACAGACUGACUGAAUUACAGAAAUAUGUACAGCAGGACACUCAGGAAAGCCAGAGUGAUUGGUUUUCCUGGCUAAAUGCGGGAACUUGGUGGCAGGUAUUGUUGAAAUGCCUGACUCCUGUUUUGUGUGUGUUAGUGUUGAUUUGUGUGUUUACAAUGUGCAUUCUGCCCUGCAUCAGGUCCAUGAUAACAAAGAUUUUUACUGGUUAUGUUGUCAUAUUUGCAGCUUCAGAUGGUCGACCAAGACGCUGAAAUGACUGCAGAUAUUUUGUAAAUAUGUAUAUAUCUGGCAAUGAAUGAAACCCACACUGAAAAUGUGCAAGCAAGUGGUGCGGCGUGGAAAAAAGAUGCCAGUGAAGUUAUGAUAAACAGGGGGGAAAUGUUGGAGUUAUGGUAUAAAUUCCAUUCUGUUUAUUAUAAAUUAUCAUAUCUUCUGUUUGUAUAUUUUCUAUAAGUUGUUUUAUGUGCAUAUGAUACUGUUGUUUUUAUGUUUGAAAUGGGAACAC